AUUUCCAACUGGCUUUGUAACUUUUGUAGUAUUGCCAUUUUAUUCGUGUUAAAAUUUAGGCCGUCCUACCUUGACCAGGGCUUGCCGCUCCAAGAUCGGCGUGGACGUUUUUAAAACUUGGUAACUGUAAAGGGGUGUUCCUAAAUGUGCCGCCACCCGAAAGCGGGGCGUUGACGUGACGUGCCGCCAGGGCCGCCAGCACGAAUCAUGUUUACGGUUAGUGUUUGGUUAUGUCAACAAAUAAUCUGUGGAUGAGUUGUCUCCAUUGUUUUCACGGCUCAACCGUGCAUUGUGACAUUGUGUCGGCUUUCCCUCUGAGAAAAUGAAGGAGGUAUACUAUUGCUGUGCCAUCAUUCUUUGCCUCUUUCUCCCUUACGUGUGUGAUGCUUACUUCACGUCAGAUGCCAGCCAAAGUUGCUUCUGCAAGCUUGAGGGUCAAAUUGAUGACUGCAGCUGCAAUGUCGACACUGUUGACCACUUCAAUAACAUGAAAAUUUUUCCGCGGCUUCAGAGCCUAUUAUCAGCAGAUUACUUUCGUUUUUACAAGGUCAAUUUGAAAAGAGACUGCCCUUUUUGGACGGAUGACAGUAGAUGUGCAAUCCGCUAUUGUAAUGUGCAAGCAUGCCAAGAGGAAGACAUACCUCCAGGUUUAAAGCAGUAUAACCCCUCCAUGAACUCAAUUUUUGGAAACCAAGAUAUGUCUUUGCGGGUAAGACAGUUCAUUGAUGGAAAUGAAGAUUGUGAAGAACUUGAGGCUGAUCUUAACGAAGAACUUGGGUACCUCAACACUACAAUAAGUGCCGCUGCUUACGAAGAAUUUGAAAAAUGGCAAGCUCAUGAUGCGCUUGAGAACUUCUGUGAAGUGGAUGAAGAUAAGGAUGCUCAAUAUGUAGAUUUGUUGCUUAACCCUGAGCGUUAUACAGGGUACAAGGGCAAAUCAGCCCACAGGAUAUGGAACAGUAUCUACAAGGAAAAUUGUUUCAGACCUGAAAACCAUUAUGAUGCAUUUAUUCAGUCCAACCAAUUAAACAGAAUGUGCUUGGAGAAAAGGGUCUUUUAUCGAGUCAUCUCAGGAAUGCACGCAAGCAUCAAUAUCCAUCUCUGCUCCAAAUAUCUGUUAUCAGAUAAGGAAUCGCUCAUUUCACCUGGUGGAAAGUGGGGAGCCAAUCUAGAAGAAUUCAAACGUCGAUUUAGCCCUUUGACUACAGAUAACGAAGGCCCACACUGGCUUCGCAAUCUGUAUUUCCUAUAUCUCCUGGAGCUACGAGCACUAGCCAAAGCAGCACCAUACUUAACUCAUGAAGAAUUUUUCACAGGUUCUGAUAAAGAUGAUCGAGAUGUAAGAGAUGCAGUGAGAGAUCUCCUAUCAGUUAUUAAGUCUUUCCCCAACCAUUUUGAUGAAAGCACUAUGUUUACUGGUGGGGCUCAGGCAACAAAAUUGAAAGAUGAAUUUAGACAACAUUUUAGAAACAUAUCUGUCAUCAUGGAUUGUGUCGGGUGUGAGAAGUGUAAACUUUGGGGCAAGCUGCAGGUACAAGGUAUUGGAGCAGCUCUGAAAAUUUUGUUCUCAGGGAAGUUUGAAAGCCUUAGCCCUCCCGGCCUACAGCCUGGCCAGAAAGCUAAAAGCCAGUUCCAGCUGCAGAGAGGGGAAAUAGUGACACUUUUUAAUGCAUUCGGAAGGUUGUCUAACAGUAUAAACGAACUAGAAAUGUUUAGAAAAUUAUUAAGGGAGUAAUUUUGACUCUCAGAGCUGUGACUGCGGGCCGAGAAAGAUUAUGCAUCACACUGUGAUAUUUACUACAUUCUGCUGCAAAGCAACAGGGCCAUUCUUUUGAUUCAUCUAGUGAAAUUGGGUUUUGUGAUGGAGCAGCACUGUGCUUGAUUGUGUGGCAGCAAGAUUUUCUACUUUAAAAACGAUUUUGUUAAGUAAUUUGAUGUUAAGUUUUUCCAAAAUUAUGUGCUAUUGGACAAGUUUAAGUUAUUGUCAAUUACAAAUUAAUGUGUUAAUGAUGAAGGAAGUCUAUUUAUGUUAAGUUACUUAGAACUUUGAGAGUUGUCUGGAUCAGCAGUAUACAACAUCUUAAAGUGUACUUAAUGGCUGACAGAAUUCGUUAGAUGUUUUUUCUACUAUUAACUCUUUUCAGAUAAUGUUAUAAAAAUCUUUGCUGAAGUUCAACUGUAAAAGAUGCAAGCAUGGAUACAUUAUUUGGCCCUUUAUUGAAAAGUGUGUAUUUGUACCUGAUACAAAAUGGUUUAUUCAAUGUAACACUUUUAAACUUACAUGAAUAUUCAUUUCAGCAAAGAUUAUAGGCGGAUUCAUACAGAGUUAAAAAUUCAAACUUUCUGGUUAGGUCCUAAGGUUUGGUGGUCCAAGUGGGAGCUGUAAGGCUACAAUACUAGGAUUUUCAAAGCAAUGGAAUGUUAAUGCGCAGUUUUGUUGCGUAGACUUGUUAACUGCAAUGAGAAUUGCCCUUUACUUGGGGGUAUGUUCAUUGAUUUUUAUUUUUCACUGACUAAUAUUUCCUGGAUACUCUAAGUAUCCAACCUCUGUUUAUCUUUUUAAAAAGUUCAGUUUUCCUAAUUAUUUUUGUAGUAUUGUCUGUGAUAGUACUGUACCUUAUUGAUAAAGAAGUAAAAUACCAAAAUACCUAUGUGAAAGUGGUUCCACUAGUAUGUAUUCAUGAGCCUCUUCAUUAGUACUAAGUGUCAGUAACCCUCAUGUAUCCAAAUUCCGUUUGUUAAAACGUUCUAUUCAUUUAGGUAACAAUACUUCCAUGAUUAAAAUAGUGCUUUAUAAUUAAUUUAUUAGCAUUACCAAUACUUUUGCGCCUGUCUGACGCUUUUCUCUUUUUGUCUGUAUAUUUGAAUGUGGUUGUGAUUUAUAGAUAGUUUGACAGUCACAGGUCCAAGUGCUUAUUAGUAUGAUAUUUUGACUGUCCUUCCAUGUCAAUCGUUUUUCAAAUUAACCUGCAGUAUAGUUCAAGCAAUACCUUUUUUAUUUUUUCAGUUUUCAAACUGGUUGUCAGCUCUUUAUGGUUUCCAUGACUCUGAAUCCAUUUGUCUUUUAGAGUAGUUUUUAGUAACCUUUGUUUUAAAGAUGUCAAUUAAAGGGUGUGUACUGAGAUUCUUAUUCAGUUUGUGAUUUAAGCAGCUUACUUUGGAGGGUGCUAGCAUAAAUCAAAGGGGGAGAUACCUGAGAUCCCAAUCAACUACCAUGAUACCUGCAUUGCUGAAUUCGGCUCACACGGUUGGCGUGGAUCUCAUACAAAUCAACUUGUGAGCUUUAUUUUACUUUUGUUUUCCUGCACUUUUAAUUAUUUAAAGGUAUUUAUUUAUGUGUUGUCUAUCACUUGUUUUUGUUAUGUGUGAAGUUUGUUUUAAGAUAUAAUGCUCACGCACGUGUGUCAUAGACUGGAAGUAUCUUAUCAACCCAUGUGAUCAUAUUGAACAGUUAUUUAUCUACGUGCUUCAAAUAUAUUUCUUAUGUUCAGAUAUUGCA